AUGCAAACGGCCAACCGCCUGGGUACAGUGCCUUCAGGUAAUUCCGAGCGCUGGGAAACCGCGGCACGCAACGGGAUCCGCAUCCACGAGAUUUUCAACGAGGCGCGUUUCGAGGAGAAGCUCCGUAUCCUGGCUGCUGGGUACAAGAAGCGUUUCGGCGACCUCCUCGAAUACAACGUCGAGGACGAGCUCAAGAAGUUCCAGGGAUGGCGUGAAAAGCUCACGCCGCAUUGUGUGGAUGCCGUUACUUUUAUGAAGGCAGCCCAGGACGAUUCCUCCAAGAAGAUUCUGAUUGAGGGCGCCAACGCGCUCAUGCUGGAUGUGGAUUACGGCACAUACCCGUAUGUCACCAGCUCCAACACUGGUCUUGGCGGCGCCAUUACCGGUCUGGCUCUGAACCCGACCAAGAUCAAGGAAGUCAUUGGUGUUGUCAAGGGAUACACCACCCGUGUCGGUGCCGGCAUCUUCAAGACCGAGGACCUCGGUGAGGCCGGCACCAAGUUGCAGGAAAUUGGCCGCAAAUGGGCGUGUCGACCGGUCGCCGCCGCUGAUGCGGCUGGCUGGACCUUGCCGUCCUCAAAUACUCCGUACAAGGACCCUGAGACGGGCGACCUUAUUGACUACUUCCCUGCCGAUCUCGAGUACCUGGAAAAGUGCGAGGUCGUGUACGAGGAUUUCAAGGGGUGGCAGACGCCCAUCACGUCGGUCAAAGAGUACGAGGACCUGCCCAAGGAGACGAAAGAGUACAUUGAGUACAUUGAGAAAUUCCUGGGCGUUCCCAUCAAGUGGAUGGGUACUGGACCCAACCGCGACGACAUGAUUUUCCGGCGCAAGGCCUUUAACAAGUUUUAG